GGCGAUUCUUUGUCCGCUCCCUUAACUCUUCCUCGACUCUAAACUCCUUUGUGGCCGUCGCGUCCCCGACUCCUCGUCGACCUGCCACCGCCCUAAGCUCGCCUCCGGGUUACUCGUUCAGGCUUGCCACCACCUCUCCGCGCAUCGUGGGUUGCUCAGUCAGCAGAUUGCCAGCACACCGUCCGAGCGGACUGCUUCGACCAUGCCUGGUCCCGUUGCAGUCGAGUCUCCGCUCAUGAACAUGCAUAGCCCUGCCAUGUCGCCCAUCUCACGAGUACAGUAUGCGGUACACAUGCAUGCACAACCGCCGAAUCACCCCGCUCAAGACAUGGCCACACCGUCGUCCCCUUCACGCGUUGCGCUGCAGCCUCGGAACGGCAAUGGGCCGUCAUCUCCCUACCCUAUGGGUUCCACGUUGCGCGAACGCAACGAGGGCAACAUUGAUCCUUCUCUUGCCCAGAACGGCCAGGCUGACGCAUCCAGUCGCGUCAACUGUUGCGCAAAUUGCGGCUCGAGCAAUACGCCCCUGUGGCGCCGCGACGGAGAUGGCAAGACAGUCUGCAAUGCCUGCGGCCUUUAUUACAAGGCCCACGGCUCACCUCGUCCCGUCGCACUCAGACGGACGUCUGUAGUUCCCUCAGCGACUCACCCGAACGCAGACACUGUCGACAGUCCUUCACCCUCACAGCCGCCGCAGCGACUUCUUACUCCAACGGCACAGGACCUCUCUCCCAUUAGUAUCGUACACUCCGUUUCGUCUAUGCCGACCACAGCGGCGACACCCCUGCCUCCUGCGCAGGGCCCCCAUCAACAGCGCCAUUCACCGGCCUUACUUUCGCAAGCGAAGCCCAACGCCCAGGUGCAGAAACAAGCGCAUGCGCCAGGCACUUGCCCUGGAGACGGACGUUGUGACGGUACCGGUGGCACAUCCGCAUGCUCUGGCUGUCCUGCUUACAACAACGCGCUUACCGCGCACUCUCAAGCUGUAGCUCCGAGCGGUGAGGGCAGUGUAGCGGCAGCCGGCGUGCCAAUUGCAGCUGCAGACCUCUCUCAAGGCUCCGCCAACGGUCAACCUUCGAUCCAGUCGACAGCUGGCGAGCAACAACUGCCUAUGGAUCAAACUAGCCCCUCUGUCAACGGACGUGCAAGAAUGCGUGGUGCCGUAGGCGCACUCAGCUGCGCGAAUUGUGGUACAAGUACGACCCCUCUAUGGCGUCGCGACGAUGCAGGCAACAACAUAUGUAACGCAUGUGGGCUCUACUACAAGCUUCACGGAACGCAUCGGCCCAACUCGAUGAGGAAAACUGUGAUCAAGCGGAGAAAGCGUGAUCGCAUGACCGAUCAGGCGGCAGCAGAAGUACUUGCCAGUGUGCGAGGGGGUGCGAGCGGGGAUCAGCCAAAGCGUAAACGCGCGCGCAAGUCUCGCGCGUCGAAGGGUCAGAAGGAGGGGGACGAUGGGAUGGACGUGGAUGAGGAUGACGGGGACGAUGAAGAUGGCAAGCCGGUACGCAAAGCCAGACGCGGUCGUGGCAGCGCAGCUGCUGGCAGUCGUCGCGGUAGCUCGCGCGAGUCGGCCGCUCCUGUGGUUUGGGGAGAGAUCAUGCAUCCUCAAUCUAUGGGCGAAGCUGGCCCGUCCUCCUCGCCACACGCGUCGCGCGCGGGGUCGAUCCCUGCUGGCGGACCCCAUGGGCAUCCCUUCCCUCCCAAUCCUCAUGGCGGCUACAACCUCCCGCCUCUGACGGCUGCUAUCAACGGGGAGAUGCCCAUGGCGAUGGCGAUGUCGAUCAUGAACAUGCAAGGCGCGCCCGUUCCUGGAGCGACCCCGAGCUACGCACGGUCCGGCUCUCAAGGUGCCGGCGCCCCCAGCAGGACGCAUUCGCCCCUCGCUGGGCCUGGCAUGUCGGCCCCUCCUCCGGGCUACGUUCUCCCGCCUCUCGGACAUGGAGUCCCGCCGCCGCCGCCGCACACGUUCGUACAUCACCAUGGACACCCGUACUACCCACCUCAGCAGGGCGGGCAGCCUCUGGUGCCAACCAUGCAGGAGCUCGAGCGGCAUUACAACGAUUUGGGAGAGCAGAGGCGGAGGCUGGAGGAGAUGAUGGAGAAGACCGACCGGAUGUUGGCUGGUGUCAGGCGUGGUCUCGACGACAUCCGCGCGAGCCAGCAGCAAAACCAGGCUUCGCAGGGUCCGACAUCGCAGAGCCAGUCGCAGUCUGGUUCGGCCACGUCCGUGCCUCUGAGCAGGAGCGAGCGGCCGCAGAGUAGGGUAAGUGUGUGGCCCGUUGCCCCGCCCGAGGCGUCGUCCCGCGAAACGAACAAAUAGGAUGUUGGACCUGGAGGUCUCAAGAUGUCUGCGAUUUUUUCCAACUAGGUUCAGUGACUGUUGCUUCCCCGUCGUCUCGUAUACUAUACAUGCCUGGCGACUGUUGUUAUUUCCAUGCGUGUGGACGAUAUUAUAUGCUACCGUAUAGUUCCCCUCCGUUUUUAUGUCGAUGACGGUUCGUAUCAGGUUCGUAUGUUAUGUAGUAUCUCAAAGAUGGCAAACAUAUAGAUAAGAUAGUGUUCAUGUUCGUCGAGAUCGCGCUAACGCACACAAAAAUCUAAUCAACGAGCCAAUUUCACGUG